CCCUGCUGCUUGCGCUAGGGGAGGGGGAUUGCCAUGCGUUAAAGGCAGGGCCUAGCACGGAGAGGGAUUAGCGCGGUAACAGAGCAGCGCUUCUUUGAACGAUGGCAUCAGAGCGUGACGCUAUUCAGUACUACCUGGGAGUGCCUGGGGCAUCUACUACUAAACUCAGCAGGUACGGCAGCCGAGAGACUCUCCAUCCCGUCGACUUCCCUCUCAAGCGUCUGUCUCUGUUGCUUCUGUCUCUGUCGCCUCUGUCACUUUUCGCAGGAUGAGGAUCCCAAGAUCGAGC